AUGAUUAUUCUGAUCCGCCAUGCGCAGUCCGAGGGAAACAAGAACCGCGACAUCCACCAGUUUAUUCCCGAUCACCGGGUAAAGCUGACCCAGCAUGGCUGGACCCAGGCAGAAGAGGCUGGGCGCCAACUCCGCUCGCUGCUCAAGCCCGACGAUACCCUCCAGUUCUAUACCUCGCCCUACCGCCGGACACGCGAGACGACAGAGGGCAUCCUGCGCACGCUGACGUCGGACGACCCCACGCCCUCGCCCUUUCCCCGCAACAAGAUCACCGUCUUCGAGGAGCCCCGGAUACGGGAGCAGGAUUUCGGCAACUUCCAGCCAUGCUCUGCCGAAAUGGAGCGCAUGUGGCAGGAGAGGGCCGACUAUGGCCACUUCUUCUACCGCAUACCUGACGGCGAGAGUGCAGCGGAUGCCUAUGAUCGCGUGAGUGGCUUCAACGAGAGUCUGUGGAGAUCGUUUGGAGACGACAACUUUCCCAGCGUCUGUGUGCUCGUCACGCAUGGACUCAUGUCGAGGGUCUUUCUCAUGAAAUGGUACCACUGGUCGGUCGAGUACUUUGAGGACCUUCGAAACGUUAACCACUGCGAAUUCAUCAUCAUGAAGAGAAGUGAGAACAACGGGAGAUACAUCCUCCAGAACGAGCUGCGAACAUGGUCCGAACUCAAGCGCCGGGCUGCCAAAGAAAAAGAGGAGCAACCAAAGAGCGCUACCACCGCCGCAUCAGGCCGAGCAACACCACUGACUGGUCUAAAUCAAGUCGGAUCAAACGCCUCUCCCACUGUACCCAUUCGUCGCUGGGGCGGGUGUGUAAAUGGAUGUAACCAUGACAAGAUCAAUUAUCCUCGUCGCCCAAUGCGGAAGAACACCAUGGAGUACCUCGGGUCAAAUUCACAGCAGGCGUCUGCGCCUGCCGCACAACACAUGGAGCCAGUAGAGAGCGAACUUGAGGACCAUCCGGUUGUAGCACAGGAGGGCGAUCACGCUCCUGUUAUCAACGAACCGUCUCCGGCAAAGCUGUUGCGGAAGCAGAACGCUAAGGGUGCUCCUAUCCCCGCAAUGCCACCAACGCCUGCAUCGCCAAACGAUGCUUCAAACGACGCUUCAAGUAGCGAUGAUGGGGAUGCAGCUCCAACUCUGUCACGGCCAAGCAAUCACGCACAGCCACGAACCGCCGCUGUUUUACGCCACUUGCAACCCACUCAAGCCGGAGAAGGUUUCUCUGACGAUUCCGACUACUUUCCUGGCAUGCAGCAUCUUCACCACAGCACGGGGCAUCGCAAGUUUCUGCGAGCCAGUUCCACGCAGCGCAAACAAUCCAAAGACCGCAAAAUACAGCGAAAACAGACGGAACAAGGCUGGCUGGAAGAGUCUGGCAUGGGAAAAGAUGUUAGGACCGACAGGUUGGGCGAUGGCGAUGCGACGAGCGAUGAUGCUGCACUGGCCAAAGUGAAACGGGAAGAGCCCAUUUUGAAGGAAGCGCUCAAAGGCAACAUGAUUGUGGAAAAGAGCGAAGAAGAGAGAGAGGCAAAUGGUGAACAGGCUGAUCCAGAAAAGAAAUUGGACUCGGCGGAAAUUGACAAGAUGAAAGAGGCUGAGAGAAAGGGCUUGGAUGAAGUGUAUUAA